UCACGCUCCCCUCCACCCCUCCGUCUCGGUCCCUCCCAGCAGUUUCUCAUUUCUUCUUUCUUUAUCUGUCUGCAAAUCUGUCUCUUUUUUUUCUUUCUCCUGUGGAGUAAUACAAAGAGCUAUCAGACUUGGGGCUCCCUGGGUUAACAAGACAGACCACUUCACUUCUCCAGGGAGGACAAAAAAAAGAAAAGAAGAAGAAAAAAGUCUGUGAAAUAUUGGAUCCAAACUUAAAGACGGAGAUAAAGCACAAGUGGAGAUCUUCUCCCUGCGUUGAGAUUCUGAACUGUGAGGGAGAAGGGAGGAACAGACAGCUGAUAGUUUGUCCGUGCCGGAGAGUGUGGAGCUCUCCGUCUCUCCGUCAUUCCCUCCCUCCGUCUCUCCCUCCUCCUCACUCUCAUAGCCCAGGCUGUGUAUUAUCUGAGGCUUGACAGAGCGGUGCUGCGCAGAGCAGAACGAAGCGGAGCGACCGGGGCAGGAGGAAGCUGCGCAGGUUGUCCCCCGUCCUGUCACUCACUCUGCGCCUGCAGGUGGAAGAGGGCGCACAGGAACACAUUCCAGGAGCCGAAGCACAGCGCGCACCAUCUCCACGGUUUGCACUCCACGCACACACAGGCGAGUUGCGUGGUCAUCAAAGGAGCAGCCACAGGGCGAUCCUGCCGAGAACAGAAAGUAAAGACAUAUUGGAUUCUGGUUCAAAGAGCCAGCCAGCAAGCGGAGGACAGAGGGAGACCUGCUGCCUUCGUGACGAGUGGAGUCCAAGCCCGAUCCGUUUGGAGGGAACCUACAUUAACAAAGGAGCUUGAUUUCUCUCUGCUAUGGAGUUUGCCGCUGCAUCCUGGCUACGGGAAGGUCACUUUUUUUGAGAUCCUUGUGUAUCGGCUUUACUCGCUUUUAAAUAUCCAGUAGGGUGGGGGGGCGUGAGCCAUGCUCCCCAAAGGAAAGCCCCAUGAGGGCCAGCUGUUCUGGGUGUUGCUUCUGUCUGUGGGAUGCACGGUGGUGGGCUCUGCCUGGGGCUCGUCGUCAGACCUCCACCUCCUGUCCCCUUCACCUGGAGCCCCUGUGCCCCCUGCCCUGCCCCGACCCGAGCACCCUCAGGGGCCCAGGCACCACCAGCCACCUGUGUCCAUAUACCGCUCCCCGGCCUCACUACGAGGGAGCCACGCUGGCACCACCUAUAUCUUCGGUAAAGGAGGGGGUCUGAUCACAUACACGUGGCCCAACAAUGAGAGGCCAAGCACGCGGACGGACCGACUGGCGGUGGGCUUCAGCACGACCAUCAAAGACGGAAUCCUCGUCCGCAUCGACAGCGCCCCACGUCUGGGUGACUACAUCAUGCUCCACAUCGAUCAAGGCAAAGUAAGUGUGACAUUUAACAUUGGGACGGUGGACAUCAGUGUUAAGGAGACAACCACCGACAUCGACGAUGGAAAAUACCAUUUGGUCCGAUUCACCAGGAACGGGGGUAACGCCACCUUGCAGGUGGACAACUGGCCCGUUAAUGAACACUUUCCAACAGGCAACAGCGACAUUGAGCGCUAUCAAAUGGCAAAUAAGAAAAUCCCGUUCAAAUAUACCCGGCCAGUAGAAGAUUGGCUUCAGGAGAAAGGCCGGCAGCUGACAAUCUUCAACACCCAGGCCACGAUCUCCAUCGGCGGAAACGACCGGAAGCGACCCUAUCAGGGCCAGCUCUCCGGCCUCUAUUACAACGGCCUCAAAGUCCUCAACAUGGCCGCCGAGGGCCACGGCAACGUCAAAGUGAACGGCAGUGUGCGGCUGGUGGGCGAUGUGCCGGUGACCCGGGGCGCCGCACGCACCACCACCUCGGUGCCGCCUGAGAUGUCCACCACCUUUAUUGAGACCACCACCACGCUCUCCACUACGACCACGCGCAAACAGCGUUCACCACCCACCAUUCAGACGACUGAUGACAUUGUCUCGUCGGCGGAGUGCUCCAGCGAUGACGAGGACCUGGAGGAGUGCGACUCCGGACAUGCAGGAGGGGAACUAGUUAUCCCCAUACUAGUCGAGGAACCCAUAGACAUCCCUUCUGUAUCCACCCGUUCUCCAUUCAUCCCCCUCCCCCCAACCCUUCGCCCCGUCCUCAUCAUUAUUGAGACCACCAAAGAAUCCUUGGCCAUGGCCACUGAGGCGGGGGUACCUUGCUUGUCGGACCGAGGCAGCGAUGAUUGUGAUGAUGAUGGUGAUGGUGGUGAUGAUGGUGAUGAUGAUGAUGAUGGCAUGGUGAUUUCGGGGUUUGGCUCUGGAGAAGCUUUCGACUCUAGCCUGCCCCCGACUGACGAUGAAGAUUUUUACACCACCUUCUCCCUGGUAACAGAUAAGAUCUUGACCACAUCGGCCUAUGAAGGCGGCUACAAAGCUCUCGCGCCCAAGUGGGAGGCCAAGGACUUGAGGCCUAGCAAAGCCUCUGAGGCAGGUAGGACUACCCCCACCGCGCCUCUGCCCGACCUCCGGGGCACGCCGGCGGUCCCCUCGGACACGCCACCCAAGCUGCCCGCCGGGAAAAUGAACAACCGCGAGGUAAAACCCCUGCAGCCGGACAUUGUCCUGCUGCCCCUGCCCACGUCCUUCGAUCUGGACGGCACCAAGCCCCGGGGACCCUUCAUCACCUCGCCCAUGCUGCGCACGGUGCCCGCCGCCUUGCCCACGGUGCCCGGCGUGGUGCGGCGGGUGCCCCCGGGGGCCUCAGAGGUGAUCCGGGAAUCCAGCAGUACCACGGGCAUGGUGGUGGGCAUUGUCUCAGCAGCCGCCCUCUGCAUCCUCAUCCUCCUCUACGCCAUGUACAAGUACAGGAACAGGGACGAGGGUUCCUACCAGGUGGACGAGACGCGCAACUACAUCAGCAACUCGGCACAAACCAAUGGCGCUGUGGUGAAGGAUAAAGCACCCAGUGGCAGCGCCAAAGGUAGCGCUGGUAGCAAGAGACCGAAAGACAAGGACAAGGAAUAUUAUGUAUAGAACUCAAGUCAUUUCCCAACACAUAGAAAAAUAAACUGUUUGGAACACAGUAAUAAACAUUUUGACAGUACCAUAUUGGCAACUGUGAUUUAAAAAGGAUAAAAAUAUCUUAAGAACUCAAGGCUUACUGAGUCACUGAAACAUUUACAAAAGAACUUUAGCUUAUGGAAGCACACUUACUAUUGUAAGCUUUACAGAGAGACAAUGUAGUGCAACUUCAACGGGACUCAGCGUGGAUCUUUUUAAGGAGUGCCUGCUGGAGACAUUUGGCAGUGUGUAUAACAUCGCUCAAACAUCCACGCGACCCUAAGUGACUGUCAAGAGGUGUGUGAUCCUUGGAGUUCUAACGACCUUGCCCAAUGUAAACCUGUAAAAUACGAUCACUGUCAUUUCGGCCAUUCUGAGCAUGCAUGUGAGGUGUAUGUGACGUGGUGCUGGCAUCUGUGUAAGUGAGGGACCUCAAGAAACUAUGAUUGUCGGGAAAGUUGGAAGUCAAAAAGUGAUUUCACAUUACAAACGGUUUCAUUAAAUGUAGCUUUCAUGGAUGCGAUAAUGAGCUAAAGUAUAUGUGUAAUGAAAGCUGUUGUUUCGUUUCUACUUUUUUGUUUGUUUUUGUUUAUUCAUUUAGUAAGUAAUUUAUUAAUUUAUUGAAUUUAGGUCCUUUUUUUGAAGGAUGAUGACCAGUCAGGGUUGACUCGGCAGUGCAUAGUUACCGCUCUGCAAGAUGUGAUACAGUAAUGUAUCUCAAUAUUCGCCCCCCACCCCACACGUCUCAGCUAAGGAUUGGACUGCUACGCAUGGCAACCAAAUUCUAGAUGGUGUUCAAGCGUGUAAGAGUGGAUCCACCAGGAAAAAUGCACAUCACACUGAUAUUUCUCUGAAUUUUAAAUCUCUGAUAGCAUUUUUUCUUUUCUUUUGUCCAGUUUUCUAUACAUUUCCUGAAAUGUUUGAGAUUUGUGGAUUUAACUAUUGCAAUCUUUAAAAAAAAAAAGAAAAAAAAUCCAGGCUAAAGACUCCAGUGUGAACCAGUGUGAUUCUAUCUGUUGUCACAGACGACUGUGUCAAAACAGCAAAUAUGUUUACAUAUUUUAAUACAUCAUAGCCGUUGUGCUUUGCGGGUCAAUAUUGUACAGAAAAUUCAAGUUUCUGUUGAUUUUUUUAAAAGUUCUCUUGUAUAGACAGACCAUUUGAUUUGAUUUCACUGCUGUAGCAACGCGACAAAGAAGUCAUUUUAUUAUUUUUACCCAGGGAUGCCUGGAGAUAAAAAAUGAUGUGCACAAGAACAUUUGUUUAGGCGGGGAGCAAAUGUUGUUAGAUUAGACGUCUAGUCUCUCUGGAUGGUGUUUCUCUUCAGUCGCAUGAAUAUUUCACCAUCAGAAGCUGUCAGUCAAAUAGAAAACACCUCCCUCAGAUCUUGUAUUAGGAACUCCUCCUUAUUCUGAACUUGCUUUGAUCAUGUUAUUUAUUUUUUUAUUGGAAAUUUAAAAAACAGAACAAGAGAAUAAAGACAGAAUAUGAUG